GCUCCUAAAACAUUCUCAGGAGUGCAUGCCCCAUAGAGCUCCCUGAGAAAGUCCUUACCUAAUGGCUCUGCUGAAAAAGUGCUUCCUCCCUGCCUUGGGAUUCUUGUUGGCGUACUAUUUCUACUCAGCCACUGAUAGCUUCAGACCUGAGAUGCUCCAAGGGAAAAGGGUGAUUGUCACUGGUGCCAGCACAGGCAUUGGAGAACAAAUAGCCUAUCACCUGGCACGGAUGGGAGCCCACUUGGUGGUGACAGCGCGGACUGAGGCAAAGCUGAAGAAAGUCAUCUCUGAAUGUUUGAAACUAGGAGCAGCCUCAGCACACUUCAUCCCUGGAACCAUGGAGGACUUAGUUUUUGCAGAGCAAGUAGUCACUAAGGCAGAAAAGCUGAUGGGGGGAUUAGACAUGCUCAUCCUAAACCAUAUAGCACCUCUAAAUUUGAGGUUUUUUAAUGGUGAUGUUGCCAGCUUUCAAAAAUCAAUGGAUGUCAACUUCUUUAGUUAUGUAACCAUGACAUCAGCUGCCCUACCCAUGCUGAAAGACACCAAUGGAAGCAUCGUGGUGGUUUCCUCAAUAGCAGGGAAAAUAAUUGCACCACUUAUUGCUGAGUACUCAGCAACCAAGUUUGCUCUAGAUGGAUUCUAUUCUUCACUGCAAAAAGAAUUACAAUUAUUGAAUGUCAACGUAUCCAUCACACUCUGCAUCCUUGGCUUCAUAAACACAGAUUCAGCUGUAAAAUCUCUUUCUGGGAUUGUGGAAAAUGUAAAUCCAUCUCCAAAGGAGGAAUGUGCAUUGAAGAUCAUCAAAGGCGGAGCUUUGCGUCACAAAGAAAUAGCUUACCCAUCCUCUAUCUAUGUCUCAAUGUGGAAUCCAAUUCGAACAAUACAGGAAUAUUUUAUAUCAUCAAAUUAUAACAUAGACAACAUAACAAGAAAUCAACAGUUCCAUUAGUACUGGGAGCUUGGAUAGGCACUUAACCAGGACUGUGUAAGACAGUUUCAUUGUUCUUCAUAGAAGCAAAAUCUCCAACAAUACAGAAAAAUAAAUUCUAGACCUUUCUCAAUGCCUUAGAGACAUGAGACUACAGGCAUUGUCCAUGGUUAAACAUCUAAUGAUGUGGCAGAAACAAUGUGGCAUAGCAGACAGAGAGAUAGCUUCAGAGGCAGGAAGCCCUCAGGUCAAAUCCUAAUGGAUACUGACUGUGUGACUCUUGGUAAAUCACUUACAUUUUUCAGUACCCCUGGCACCUCUCCAAGACUAAAAAUUUCAUAACAGCUAGUGAAGGGAGUACCUCAUAUGGGACUUCUCCACACUGAUGAAAUCACAAAUCAAGAACAAAAAAAAAAUCCUAACCUAAUAAUCUCUCACAAAACAGAAUUUUUGAGG